UCAAACAUCACUUUUGAACAGAAUUGGUAUGAGAGCAUUCAGCAGGUGAUCAGCUGGGAGUCGACUACCACGCUAGGAUUUCGUCUGGUGCAGAUCAGAAGGGAGGAAACUGAAUAAAGAGCUACAGCCUCACGUCAGAGCCAUCACAGUGUCAUCAGACGCCCUCCCCUGCCACCGUCUCAGGGGAUUCCCCCCUUUGCAGCAGCAGCAUCAUGCCCGGUCAGGAUUUCUUACGAAGGCUGAAUCUGCCCGAUCUGGAGGAAAUCAGCCAGUACAUCAGGAAUGCUUCCGCCCCCUUGCUGGUCAGCGUGGGCGCCGUGGCUGCAGCAACGACCUACUACCUUGCAACUCGGCCCAGGGCCCUGCCGCCAGUUUGCGACCCUCACAGGCAGUCAGUUGAAGUGGAGGGGGAAGAUUUGGCUCGGCGGUCUGUUCUCAUGAACGAUGGCAGUUUCCUGACUCACAUUUAUGAUGAUGCCAAAACGAUGUACGAGUCCUUCCUCAGAGGGAUUAAACUCUCCCAAAACGGUCCGUGUUUGGGCUCCAGGAAACCGAAGCAGCCGUACGAGUGGAUAUCCUACGGCGAGGUCAAAAAAAGAAGUGAGAACCUGGGCUCAGCCUUUCUCCAUAAAGGACAUUCAAAGAGUGUGGAUCCCCACAUCGGCAUCUUCUCUCAGAACAGGCCUGAGUGGACCAUGACUGAGUUGGCGUGCUACACGUACUCAUUGGUGUCGGUCCCUCUGUAUGACACGUUGGGAACGGAGGCCAUUGCCCACAUCUUAGACAAAGCAUCCAUCUCCACCGUGGUGUGUGACGUGAAGGAUAAAGUCAACCUCAUCCUGGACUGUUUCAAUAACUCAAAGCAUUUCCUAAAAACCAUAGUUUUAAUGGAGGAGCCGAGUGAAAGCCUGGUGGAAAGGGGGAGACGAGCUGGAAUCCAGAUCCUGACCCUGCAGGAAAUGGAGGCUUUAGGGAAGGCCAACCAUCAGCAGCCGAUUCCUCCACAACCCGAAGACCUGGCAGUGAUUUGUUUCACCAGCGGAACAACAGGAAACCCUAAAGGAGCCAUGCUGAGUCAUGGAAAUAUCAUGUCGAACUGCUCGGCCUUCGUCAAACUGACAGAGGUAAGCUGUCCCAUUAAUCACACAGACGUCCACAUUUCCUACCUGCCUCUGGCUCACAUGUUUGAGCGAGUAGUCCAGGGAUGCAUGCUGCUGCACGGGGGCCGAAUCGGCUUUUUUCAGGGGGACAUUCGGCGGCUGUCGGACGAUCUGCACACCUUGAAACCCACUUUUUUUCCGGCUGUUCCUCGACUCCUCAACAGAAUUUAUGAUAAGGUCUUUGGGCAGGCGGACACCUCUUUGAAGCGCUGGCUGCUGCAGUUCGCCUACAGUAGGAAGGAAGCUGAGCUGAGGAAAGGUAUCGUGAGGAAAGACAGCAUCUGGGAUUACCUCAUCUUCAAGAAGGUCCAGGCCAGCCUCGGGGGCCGCGUGCGUCUCAUGCUGACUGGAGCUGCUCCCAUCUCCCCGGCUGUCCUCACCUUCCUCAGAGUUGCGAUGGGCUGUCAGUUCUAUGAAGGUUAUGGACAGACAGAAUGCACAGGUGGAUGCACCAUUACCGUGCCUGGAGACUGGAGCGAAGGUCACGUCGGACCUCCUUUACCCUGUAACAUCAUUAAACUGAUGGAUGUGCCGGAGAUGAACUACUAUGCUGUACAUGGAGAAGGCGAGGUGUGCGUCAAAGGUCCAAACGUGUUCAAAGGCUACCUGAAAGACCCAGAAAAGACAGCAGAGACGAUUGACGCAGACGGUUGGGUUCACACUGGAGAUAUUGGGAAAUGGCUUCCAAACGGCACCCUGAAGAUUGUGGACAGGAAAAAGCACAUCUUUAAACUGGCUCAAGGGGAGUACAUCGCACCGGAGAAGAUAGAGAACAUCUACACCAGGAGUGAUGCGGUGGCACAGCUCUUUGUUCAUGGAGACAGCCUGCAGGCAUGUCUGGUAGCAGUGGUGGUGCCUGAUCCGGAGUUUCUGUCCGGUUGGGCUGAGAGGAAGCUGGGCCUGCAAGGCAGUUAUAUGGAGCUGUGUGGCAGCAAGAAAGUAAAGGCUGCCAUCUUGGAGGACAUGAUUCGUCUGGGGAAAGAAGGAGGUUUAAAGUCUUUUGAGCAGGUGAAAGCCAUAUACCUUCACACCGAGCUGUUCUCCAUUGAGAACGGCCUGCUCACUCCAACGCUGAAGAGCAAGAGGAACGAAAUGCUUCAACAUUUCCGAUCUCAGAUAGACGAGCUCUACAAAGAAAUCCAAAUGUAGAAGUUUCUUCUUUUUUCUCAUGAACUGUGACUAUCAGAAAAGGAGAAAACACUUUCAGUAUAAAAUAAUGACGAACAUCCAUGUAUUUGUGAAAAACUGUGAAAUCUUGCAGAACAAAAAGUACAUUUUAGGACAAAUGUGCACAUUUUUCUUUUGAUAUAAAGAAGGGAUUACAUGUUGUUUGAUAACAUGUUGAUUUUAAUGAGCUGUUUGGAAACACCUUGCAGGAAAAAGCCGUCCACGAGAGUGUUCUAAAUGUAUUUAUAAUCACAAAUAGAGGAAAGAUGAUUACUAAACUAGUCUUUAUUUACCUUAACGAGGAGACUUUUUAUUUUAAUCACUGGAAUCGCAUACGCUUGUAUGUUCAUGGUUUGAAUUUAACCUAAUUGUAUUUUUUCUGUAAUUAUUGUCAUUUUGUAACAUAUUUCAUUAAAUAAAUAAAGAAAUAUUGUCAAAA